AUGAGUGGAAAUCCCCAGAGAGGCGGUCGUGGUAGAGGUGGCGGUGCUCCUCGCGGCAGAGGCGCUAGCCCUGUCGGUGGACGGGGUAGUCCUGCUGGGGGACGAGGUAGCCCUGCUGGAGGACGAGGCAGCCCUGCCGGAGGCCGCGGUGGAGGGGCCGCAGCACCGAGGAUCAGUCCUGCAGUCUCCACCGCAUCCUCCGGAAUGGGAUACGGCGCUGGUAGAGGGGGUGGCCCUUCAGGUUUUGCGCAAGGACAACCUCCCCGCGGUGAGGGUCCUCCCGGUGGGGGAGGUCGUGGGGGAGGUGGAGGCGGAUACCCUCGGGGCGGCGGAGGCGGGCGUGGAGGCGGCCCCCCGCAAGUAUUUGAAGGGAACCGCCCAGCAACGACUGACGCGCGGCUAGCGACCAUCGAACAAGCUGUGAGCGGUUUCAAGCGUCUGCCUGUGCGCAACGAGAUGCCACUUCGUCCGGGCUUUGGGACGCUGGGUCGGCCGCUGGCCCUGAGGGCAAAUUUUUUUGCCGUCAAGGUCAGCAAGAAGGCCAUCUAUGACUACGACGUGACGAUAUCCCCGACGGCCCAGGUGCGCACGGAUCGAAAGGCGCGAAUAUUCCAGAUCUUGGAGCGCAACCCACUGUAUGCGCCCUACGUUGGCCAUAUCGCACAUGAUCGCAGCCAGCGGCUCAUCUCCGCGCAGAGAUUGCCACAGCCGCUUUCAAUCGAACUGCAGUACAUCGAGGAAGGAGAGGACGCUCCUCAGGAGAACGCGCUGGUUUUCACUGUAGAAUUCAAGUUGGUGAGGGAGCUUGACGUAGGCCAGCUGGAUCAAUAUAUGAACGCGAGUCUCGAUCACAUGGACUCUGAUAUUCAGCCCCUGCUCUCAGCAAUGAAUCUGAUAUUACAACAGCAUGCGUCCAAUACGGGCAUACGCGUUGGAAGGAAUAGGUACUUCUUCCGUGGAUCUACCCAGCCCUUGGUCCUCAGUCUUGGAGUGGAGGCUUGGCGUGGAUUCUUUAUGUCCGUGCGCCCCUUGUACAAGCAAUUAGUGGUGAACGUGAACGUUUGCAUGACCGCAUUCUACACCCCAGGCAACCUCGCCGAUGCAAUGCUCGAAUUCCAGCGCCAAUCCUCUGGAGGUAUGCCUUCCUCGUUCGCGGACAGGCUGAAAGUGGCCACAACCCACCUGGGAUACAUCCGGAAAAGGCCAAUUUUCCAAGUCUCACGCCAAACUGCGCGCCAGAUAUCAUUCGAUUGCCCCGAACUUGGUGGAAAGGUCACCGUGGAGGAUUACUUCAAGCGUAAAUAUGGGAAAACGCUGAGGCAUGCCCACGACCUGCCGUGCGUGAAUCUCGGUACCAGGCAAAAGCCGAACUUUGUCCCUGCAGAACUUUGCGAGAUUUUCCCCGGGCAAGCAUAUCGCGGGAAACUAAGCCCCAAUGAAACGGCGGCUAUGAUCAAAUAUGCAUGCAAUCCCCCGCAUGUAAACGCCGCCGCCAUUCGCGACCAAGGUCUCGUGGAUUUGGGGCUGCGCGCCGACGGGGCGCAUGGCGUUCUGGACGGGUUCGGCAUCACCGUAGAGUCUAACAUGACCGUCAUCCCUGCUCGCGUUCUGCCGCCACCGAGCGUCACUUACGGACAAGGCAGUCCAAAUGUCAGGGACGGGGGCUGGAAUAUUCUGAACGUCAAGUUUUCCAAGGGCGGGAACAUGACGAACUGGGCUGUUCUGCUUGUGCAAGACGGCGGACGGAGCGAGUUUACAGGAGUGAACGACCAGGCGUUGAUGCUCUUUUUACAAACGUUUGCGAACAAGUGCCGCUCGAGCGGCAUGACGGUCCCGAAUGUGCCGUCGAAGAUCAUGCAGACUCCUCCGCUACCGCGGGUCACGCAGGACCCUGGGAGGAAGAACGCUCUUGACAAGAUCGAGCAGACGCUGAGGCAGAAUUUUGACGGGAAACCAAAGCCGAGCUUCGUGCUCGUUCUCCUCUCUGGCGUUGACAACUUCAUCUACCCAGGUAUCAAGCGUCUCGGGGACGUUAUCAUGGGUAUCCACACGGUACAUAUGCUCUUGAACAAGGCGCGCGGGGAUGGACAGAAGCAGGACCAGUAUUUUUCGAACGUCGCGUUGAAAGUCAACAUGAAACUCGGAGGCAUCAACCACCUGCUUGACGCGAAUUCCUCCAGCUGGCUCAAGAAGAUGAAGACGAUGCUUGUCGGCAUUGACGUGACGCACCCGGGCUUUGCCAGUGCGAAGGGGACUCCUUCCAUCGCGGCGGUUGUGGCUAGCGUCGACGACAACUUUGCGCAAUUCCCCGCGAGUCUGAGGCCUCAAAAGGCAGACUGGAACAAGGAAGCUAAGGAGAUGGUUGAAGGACUUGCGGAGAUGAUGCUAGAACGGCUGGACGCAUAUCAGAAGGCGAACAAACGGCUUCCUGAUCGCAUAAUCAUCUUCCGGGAUGGUGUGUCUGAUGGUCAGUACAAGAUGGUCAAUGAGGAAGAGCUCCCACGAAUUCGCGACGCGUUCAGGAGAAUCUCGCCGAACAAACCAUACACACCCAAAUUGACAAUCGUCGUCUGCGGGAAGCGUCACCAUGCCCGCUUCAACCCGACCAAAGACAAGGAGAUGACGAAGAAUGGCAAUACUUAUCCGGGCACGGUGCAAGAUAAAGGCUUGACGGAUAUAUAUCAUUUUGACUAUUAUCUGCAAGCGCACCAAGGGCUCCAAGGCCACGUCCGCCCCACGCACUAUUUUGUCGCGUAUGAUGACUUCCACUUCGACGCGGACACCCUACAGCAAGGAACGCACACCACAAGCUAUCUCUACGCUCGCGCCACGAAGGCCGUCAGCCUCGUCCCGCCGGCCUACUACGCGGACCUUGCGUGCGAGCGCGCACGGUUCUAUCUCAAUACCUUGCUCAAUCUGAGCGACGAACGGUCGUCGCGCGGGUCGACCCGGCUUUCUGAGGACGAAGAGAGGGAGCGUGUGUAUCAGGAGGCAAUGCGCCUGUGGGGCAAUGGGCUUCAUCCGAAUCUGAGGAACAGCAUGUUCUACAUCUGA